AUGGUAACGAUAAGCCGUGAUGGCGGAGAGGCGGGUGCCGGAGACGACGUUGAUACUGCAAGAAAGGCGACAGGUCUGCCUGAUAGCUGCUUCGACUUGAAGAUGAUUGCAGAUGUACCGUCUCUAUCACCGGAUUUGGAUCUAAAAGCAGAGGACGACUGGUUGCUUGCGACUGGGACUUCAACCUGGGCAACAGACAGCUCUGAUGACUUUGUAUUGAAAAACAAAUCGAUAUUGGACUUGGACUAUUGCUCCUGGUUUGGCCGUGCGGAUAAUCACAUUGCAGUCCUUGUUCUCGCGUGGGCCUACAUUCUCUCGGCUCGCUGGACUGAGUUGGUAUCCGGUGCCGUUCUCGAAUACAACAAUAACAGUCAGAUUGUCGACGACGAUCAUGUUAUUUCAGUGAAUACAGGAAAAGUAGGCGACGAUGCAGCAAGAUGGUGGGCUGCUGUCCUAUCCCAAGGUGGCUGGGAAGCUUAUAUUCCUUCAGAUGAGACUACAUUCAGAUCCCCAUGGUCAAUCGCUCUGAAAUCUCCCGUCCGAUUUAGGUUGUCUCACCAAGGAGAGACUCUGGUACAGCCUAAGGCUAUAUCGUCUGUUGAUGCCCUCAGAUACAUCAAGGAGUACUGUAACUUUUAUGGGGUUACCGACCAAUGCUAUGCAGCGUUAUCGGUUGCUCUCCUCCUUCCAAGUCUUAGCUCAAGGGGCCGUAAUGUUCCCUUGCCAAUACCAAAACUCAAUCAUGAGGCUUGUGUAAUAAAGGGACGGGCCAGCCAUGAGCAGCUGUAUGAGUUCAAAUGUCUGGAUAAGUUUUUGGUUCUGAGCUGCAAUACUAAAGGAAUAUGUGGUCUCCUGUCGAGUAUCUUCUAUGACCCUAAAGUGGCCUGCAAUUUCGCAAGCCCAUGGGUUCAGGCGAUCGUUGCUGCCAUCAAACAUGUUGGCGAUACCCAAAUUAUUCAUGUCAUGGCAGCAAGAUCGCCACAUCUCGCCUUUCUAUGGCUAGGCGCGAUUGUAACAGGGUUCCACAACGAUGUAGUCAAGGAUGGACGAUUUGGUUUAAUACCAAUUGAGCCGCACUCAGCCAUGUGGACCGGAACUAUCCAGUCAUUUAUGCAAGAGCCUUUAUCUCAACCCCUAGUUACGGACGGUUAUAUUUCACGUGCUAAUGAGUGCCGUUUGCUAUACAUCAUACAGGAUGAGUUCCACGAGAGGUGGCCAGUAAGUCCAUGGCAUCCCUUUGGCCAAACUGCACUUGAAGACACUGAACUUAGUGUUCGCUCAAAUGUCGAAAAGGUUAUCGGUGGACUGGUAUAUGCGAAAUGGAGAUGGGCUUCUAAAGGAGGAAGCCCUACUCACCAAGCACCUCGUGGCAGCCUUGUGCCAGUUUUCUGGGAACUAGCAGAGGCGUCUGACAUGCCUGUCAGCUACGAGGAAUUCAGUGACGAAAAUGUGGUAUCAGAGAAUGCAACACGGAUGAUCUUCGACUGGCUACGUUUUGAAGGAUACCCAGCCUGUGAGAGGCCGAUAUAUACUCACAAAUGGUUUCGACGUCGAUAA